GGAGGAGAGUGGCGAGGCGGCGGCGGCGGCGGCGGCGGUGCGGCGGAGGCGGCGGAGGCGCAGGCCGCCGCUGCCGCCGCGGCCGUCUCAAUCUCGCCCGAGAAAUGGCUGAGGAGCGUACGGGGUCAGCUCUUGCAGGAGGGGGGGGCGGCGGCGGCGGGUUGUGCGGCGGCGGCGGGCAGCGCAGCGGCAGCCGGUGCCGACAUUGCCGCUGCUAUCGACACUGCUGACGCCGCCGCCGGCGGCGGCGGCGGCGAGGCGUCGCGGCGCAGCGCGCGGGUGGACGCGUGCCUCGUCGGUUGGUGCGUCAGCCUGCUCGAGUUUGCGCUAGAGCCGCCGCCCGUGUACGCGGAGGCAGGCGGCGCGCAUGCGGAGGGAGGCGGCGGCGCGGCGGCCGACGACACCGCGGCGGCCCGAGGGCAGAUCGCCGCAAGGGGACUUUCUCAAGAGCGGAGGGCUAGGCUUGCGGCGGCGGCGGCGAGCUUCGCCGUCUUCGUCGCCGGCGAGGCGCCGGCACCGCACGCGGGCGACGCGCGAGCGGCGGCGUGGGGCCUCGUCGCUCGGCUGGAGGAGGCGAGGGGGGAGGGGUCGCCGGUCGUGGAGGCGGGCGGCUGCGUCGAGGAGGCGAUCCGCGAGUGUCGACGUGCUCUGGUGGAGCAGGCAGGGGCGGCCGCUCGACACGACUAGGGAGAGAUGUGUGUGCAGUGUGGGUUACCAACGCACAUGCUGAACUAGAGCGGCCUGACAAGUCCCUCGUCUGGGAGUAAGGUAAGGUAAGGUAAAUUUCUC